ACCCCCCCUGUCCCUGCCCUCUAAUGGCUCAACCCCACCGAACACCAAGUGGCACCAAGAGAGAGGGACACUACCACUUCCUAGCAGGCAUACGCAGUGGAUCAGGAGGAUGUCGGAGCAGCAGAGCGCCCCAGAGCAGCUGGCUGCUGGGAAGAGUCAGGGUGGAGCUGGAGCCACAUAUAAGGUGGUGCUGUUUGAGUUCGAGAACUUCCAGGGCUGCAAGGCGGAUUUCUCUGGAGAGUGUAAAGAUGUGACGGAGAAAGGACUGGAGAAGGUCGGAUCACUGAUAGUCGAGUCUGGACCCUGGGUGGGUUACGACCGACACGGGUUCACAGGGGAGCAGUUCAUCCUGGAGAAGGGCGAGUACCCGCGCUGGGACACCUGGACCAACAGUCAGAACAGCUACUCCCUCUUCUCUCUAAGACCCCUCAAAGUGGACGGCGCUGAUCACAAGCUGCAGCUGUUUGACAACCCCGGAUUCACCGGUAGAAAGAUGGAGAUCGUUGACGAUGACGUUCCCAGUUUGUGGGGCCACGGUUUUCAGGAUCGUGUAGCGAGCGUCAAAGCUCUCAACGGAACAUGGGUCGCCUACAUGUUCCCCGGCUACAGGGGGCGCCAGUUCAUCUUCGAGCGGGGAGAUUUCAAGCACUGGAACGACUGGGAGGCCCCCGCCCCCCAGGUCCAGUCUGUCCGACGUGUGCGGGACAUGCAGUGGCACAAGAGGGGCUGUUUCAACGUUCCCGACCCGGCUCCGGCUCCCGUACCCGGACCGGGACCCGAACCCGACCCUGCUCCGGUGCCACCCGCACCGCCUGCCACAGCUGGAGCCAGCUGAGCAGGACCCCCCCCCCAAAACCACCACCACCACCCUGCCUCUAUCUAACCACGGCUGCUUGUGCCCAGAGAGGAGGGCCACGUAUGUUUCAGUGGCGAAUAAAAGCUGUUUUGACCCUGUUUGUUGGUGAUGUUUAUACUUGUGAGUGGAGCUGCAAUCAGAAAGCUCAUCCAGCCGAACAUCUGGAUACACAUCUGCUCAACAGCAAUGGAAGUGAUGUCAUACUGUGUGUAUGCUUGCUAUUAAACCAGAGUGCACCGCAUUCCCC